AUUUUUCUGCUGUAGAGAGUGGUAUAAUAUCUGGGUCCAUUACAUCUGUUAUUUAUUUUUUUAGUUCAAAAUGCGAUUGCUUGUGUUAACGUUGGCUUUUAGCGUUGCUUUAACCAAGAAAGCUCCUAAAGAAGAUAAACCAGAUUGGGCUAAAAAAGAUGUCCGAGAUUACAGUGAUGCUGACCUUGAGCGACUAUUAGACCAGUGGGAGGAGGAUGAGGAACCUAUUCCUCCAGAUGAGCUUCCAGAGGGACAUCCUGACCGUCCAGUGCCUCCAAUGGAUUUUAGUAAGCUGGACAUGAAUAACCCCGAGGGUAUGAUGAAGAUGAGUAAGAAGGGUAAAACCGUCAUGAUGUUUGUCAGGAUUAAUAAUUUCAAAGACAAGGAGGAAACUGAGGAGAUAUCUUCUAUCUGGCAGACCGGUCUCUACAACAGUCAUAUUCAGGCUGAAAGAUAUCUGAUAGAAGAUGAUCGAGCUUUGUUUAUGUUCCGAGACGGUAGUGCAGCAUGGGAAGCAAAGGACUUCCUGAUAGAUCAAGAGCGCUGUGAAGAUGUCCAGCUUGAACAACAAACAUAUGUUGGAAAAUUCUGUCAACUCUGCGAGGGAGAUGCAGACAAGAAAAAGGACAAGAAAAAAGACACGAAAAAAGACGCGAAAAAAGACGCGAAAAAGUACACGAAAACGAAUGAGAAGAAAAAGAGUGGAAAGAAAGAAGAACUUUAAUUACUUUGUGUUUUUUUUGUUAUAGUAGUCUUCCAUUUUACAUUUUUCGAAUUAAAAUUAUGUAAUUGCUUUAUUAUACAAUCCUCAUUCCUCAUGCUUGUUUGGGUUUAGAAUCUUGGUAGAUCAGGCGUUACGUGUGUAAAAAUAACAAGAACAACAACACUACUUAAACUCGGCCGUUUUAUACAUUUUGUUAUGUUUAAUGAUUUUGUAAGUUUGCAUAAUAGAAAACUGUGAUUAGCUGCACUCAAUUAAUUGAUAUAAUUUAAUUCAAUGAUUUUAAUAUUGUGUUACUGUUUAUAAAUAUAUUCUUUUUGAAAUUUACAUUUUGCUGUGAUCUUUAUACUUUUAUAG